GCUUGUCAAAUCGGCAGUGUCUCAUUUGCGUUUGAGUCCACAAUGCACUUUAGGAUUUCAAUAAGAUGUAUGUGUGUUCUGAGAUAAUCAUUUUGCUUCUUGCCUGCAACUUCUACGUUUUCGUAAGCACUCAGGAUUCCUCCUGCUGUCACCAUGCUGCAGAACUCUCUCAGUGUAGGGAAGCGUGUGAUCAGCUUGCAACUAUUAGGAGUGAAUCCCGUUUGAAGCACCUUCUACAGCGAUUACCAAGUUACUGCCCAGAAUCUAUGAAUGAGCUUUGGAUCUGCAUCAAUUCGACAUUACCUGGGGCAUCAAGGAAAUCGGAAGGUUGGGUGGGACUGGGCUGCUGUGAACUGGCCAUCUCACCCGAAUGCCGUCGAGAAUGCAAACUGGCAUCUUCCAAGAAUGAUAUCACAAAAAUAUGCAAGACAGACACUGAGAAACCACUCUACAGCUGCAUCACCAAAAAUGAAAUGGGUUCCCUAUGCUGCAGUUAUGCAGGGAGACACACAAACUGCCGUGAAUACUGCCAGGCCAUCUUCCGCACAGACUCCUCCCCUACCGCCACCCAGAUCAAUGCAGUCAAAGAUUACUGCCAGAGCAUCAGCCCACAGCUCAUUGGCUGUGUGGUCAACUACACCAAAUCUUACCCAAUCAGGAGCCCUAUUGACAGCCUGUAUUGCUGUGACCGAGCUGAAGAGCCCCACUGUCAGACAGCGUGCAAGCGCAUUCUCCGCACCAUGAACACAGAGCAUGAGAUCAUCGAGGGCCUGAUUGCAGAGUGUGGCAGUCAGCCCCUCCCACAGGAUCCACUCUGGCAGUGUUUCCUGGGCAGUGCACACCCCCCCACCAAAAGUGACCCAGAGACCUCACCCACCGCCAAAAUGGACUGUGCCAAGCUGCACUGCUGUUCUAAAGCCAAUACCUCACUUUGUAGGGACAUGUGUCAGGAGAUAAGCACAAACUGGGGCACCCAGACGUGGCAGGAGUUUGACCAGCUGUGCGAGUACAACCCCGUGGAAACCGACCUGAUCACCUGCCUGGCCGACGUGAGGGAGCCCUGCCAGCUGGGCUGCAAAGACCUCACCUACUGCACCAACUUUAACAACAGACCCACAGAGCUGUUCCGUAGCUGUAACAUCCAGUCGGACCAGGGAGCCUUAAACGACUUCAGACUCUGGUCUAAUGGGACCAUCAAGAUGCCCUUCAUGAACAUCCCAGUGCUCGAUAUCCGCAAGUGUCGACCAGACAUGUGGAAGGCUGUAGCCUGUGUCCUGCAAAUCAAGCCCUGCUACAGCAAGUCCCGAGGCAGUGUGAUCUGCAAGUCAGACUGUGUGGAUAUCCUGACGCAGUGCGGCGACUUCAAACGCUUCCACGGGGACCAGACCCCAGAAGUCAUCUGUGACCUUCUGUCCCCAACGGACGACCCCGAGCGCUGCAUCCCUCUGCAGAGAUACCUCACUCCCAGUCCCUUUGAGAACAUCAUCGAGGAGGUGAUUCAUCCCUGCAACCCCAACCCCUGUCCCAGCAACUACCUGUGUGAGGUCAACAGAAAAGGCUGUCACCAAGGCCAGGACUGUCUGCCUUACUUCUGUGUGCCUGGAUGCAAGCUGGGCGAGGCGUCUGAGUUUCUUGUCCCGGUGGACGCUCGGAUCCAGGUGCCCCUGAGGAACGGGCAGGCGGGCUGCUACGAAGUGUGUACCUGCGGGCAGACUGGGCGGCUAGAGAACUGCGCAGAGAUGCCCUGCAUUGACACAGCUAAGACCUGUACCGUGGAUGGGCAAAGAAUGAAUCACGGGACCUCGUUUAGGAUGGACUGCUACCCCUGCUCUUGCUUUGCUGGAGAAACCAUCUGUUCCACACGUCAGUGCCUGACUGAGGAUACGUCAGACGAAGACCGACUGCUCUUCACAGGCCUGCCAUGUGGCUGUGCUGACCAGUUUGUGCCUGUGUGUGCCCGUAACGGUCGCACUUACCCCAGUGCCUGUGUGGCACGCUGUGUGGGCUUCCAAGACAAUCAGUUUGAGUUUGGGUCCUGCCAUAGUACAGACCCCUGCUCGCCCAAUCCAUGCCAGAAGAAUCAGAGGUGCAUCCCCAAACGGAGGGUGUGUUUGACCGACAUCGCCGACUACCCCUGUCAGCAGUAUGAGUGUGUGAGUCGGCCUGCCGGCUGUGACCACACCCAUCUGGACCCUGUGUGUGACACAGAUAAUGUAGAGCAUACCAACUUGUGUCUGCUCUACCAGAGGGGCAAGACCCUGGCAUAUAUGGGCCACUGUCAGGACUCCUGCAGAAGGCCCAAAGCAGUGUGCGGUCAUAAUGGUGAGACAUAUAAUACGGUCUGUGAAGCCUUCUCAGAGCGAGUUGCUGUGGAUUACCAGGGUCGCUGCCAUGCCGUCGGGGUCGUGUCAGAGUACACAUCAGAUUCAGGCUGUAAUGCUGUACCCUGUCCUCCACUUUCCACUGAAGGCUGUAACCCUGUCACUCCACCAGGUGCAUGUUGUCCUUUGUGUGCUGGGAUGCUACAAAUUCUCUGGAACAAAGAACAGAUGAAUGCAUUUGCCAAGCUGAACAGGAACCAGCCGGUCACUGUACGUGACGUUUUGAAGAUCCUGCGGCUGCACAUCUCAGUUCCUCAAUGUGACAUCUUUGGCUAUCUGAGUAUAGACUCAGAGAUUAUCAUCCUCAUUAUACCAGUGGAUUUACAGCCCACACCACUGCAGAUUGAAGCCUGCAGCAAAGAGGCGGAGAAGAUUGACUCGCUCAUCAACUCUGGCAGUCCCACGCUGGCCUCACACGUUCCACUCUCUGCCUUCCUCACCUCAGAGAUCAAAGUCUCCACCAUCAGCUCCGCUGGCUCUCCCUCUGCCACCCCCCUAUCACCGUACCUCUGCCUCCUCCUUAUUCUCCUCCUCCUCGGUUACACAGUGAGCCCCUGGGACACUUAGCCACCCUGCCCCACCCUGUCUUUCAGACCCAUUUCCCCAACCUGCCUCCCACUCCCAUUUCCAAGUAACUUGACCCCAUGUUCACCCUUAAAACUUCCAGACAUUUUACAUGACAAGAAAUGAGCAGUCUUAAUAGC